UAACACUGCGCCCCUUUACUCAAUUAGUAUUUACAUUUUUUUCAAUUGGAACGCUGAUAAAAGGUGAAUUAAAUUGUUGCAUCGCAGGCGAAAACAGGACCAAAUGGACUCAGCACAGGAAGACGGGGUCUGCACGGAUAUAUUUCUGGUCACAGCCAAUGUUGGCAGCCUGUUCGAGGAUCCGGAGAGACUUCUGCAGCUAUGGCUCCACGAAUUCCUCGCCAAGAUAUCCAUCGUUCAGCCUAAAUUCCUGGCACUUCAUCUCCAGGAAGUGGGCGGAAAGACCUACGAGAAGUCCAUGGAGUACGUCCAGGAGUUCAUCAAAUGCCUCUGCGAUGCCCCCGAAAUGGCCCAAUUCACCUGCGUACACAUCUUCAUGGACGAGGACUUCAAGUCGGCCGAGCACUUUACGGCCCUUGGAAGUCUUUACUUUGUCCACCAGGAUGUUGCCUCUUUGAAAAUAUGGAAUUUCUUAACCCACAGUUGGGAGGAAAGUCUCCAAGAUAUUAAAGAUAAACAUAUAUAUUCCGGAAAUAUUGAAACUAUUGCCACCAAAGAAAAGUCUAAAUUCCCACAGCAUUUCUUUCCGGAAUGUAAAUGGUCCCGAAAAGGUUUUAUGCGAACACGAUGGGAAGUCAAUGGCACAGUCAUCGAUCUAGUCAACAUUCACUUAUUCCACGAUGCCUCCAAUUUGGCUGCCUGUGAGAAUUUUCCUUCUGUUUAUUGUAAGACGCGGAGAAGAGCCUUAGUUCAUACUAUUGAAAGGUUCCAUUUGGACGAGCAGAAUGGCACUGUGCCAUUUUUCGUCUUUGGGGAUUUUAAUUUUAGAUGUGACACGGAAGGAGUUGUGAAAGAACUAACUGAGAACUUGACUCCUCAUCGCGUUCAAAAUGUGAAGAAUGAAAACGAUAAGAUCCAUUAUCGCAACUCAACUGGAAACAACGUACUUACUGUUGGAAAAAAAGAAUUUAGUCAUGCCGACCAUCAACUCAAAUUUAAAGAAGACUGGCUCAAGAAGUUUGACAGAGAGCUGGAGCCACUUAAAGACAUCCUAGUCGAGUAUCCCAUUAAGUUUGUGCCGUCAUAUCCGUUCGAAGAGGAUCCAGAAAUGCCCACCGACUAUAUGUCCACCCGCUGUCCGGCUUGGUGUGAUCGGAUUCUGAUGAGUCCCCAAGUCCAUGAGAUUAUUCGGAGCGAUGAUUGGACAUACGGAAUGAUUGGUGAAGCUGUCUGCAUGGGCGACCACAAGCCUGUUUACUUAACUGUCCGUCUUAAACCAAACAAAGGUACUUAUAGAUCUUGUGAUUGCAACUACACGAAUACUUACGCCAACGCACCCAACAAAAUCUCAACAUCAUCACCUCUGCCCGCAGUCAAACUGAAAUAUUGUCCCUAUUCGAAUAAGCUCUUUGAGGAUAUAGCCACCAAUUCAAAGCUGAUCAAUGAGACGGAGGCUCGCAAUACGUACAAUUCUCUGAAAAUUAGUCAAGAUGGGGAGGAGGAGGCUAGUAAAUCGCCCUCCUCGAACUUCCCAAACAUUAGUAUUAACAUAAUUGAUUCCGAUAAUAUCUGCAUGUGCUUGUGCGCACACCUUUCUAGUAAUAGUCUGCUCCAGUUGGACGAUACCAGCCGAACUGGCGAAGCCAUCUGUCCCAUGUGCCGAAACAUAAUCAAGAAACAGCCCGUGGCUCACCGGUAUAAGCUGCUGUCCAAGCGAUUGAUGCUAACACAGGAUAUAAUAAUCAAUCGCAUCGACACGCAGCACUUGAGCACGGACUCUGAGGGACGGCAGUACGAAGAUCCCUACACGCCAGAGAGCACUGAGUCCCAUUCGCCGUAUCCGGAGGUCACUAGCUCGUGCACCUCCACCUCCAGCAGUUCACGUAGUCCCCUAGAAGGCAGACUAGCGCUGGAUAGAAAAUCAGAGAGCAAAGCUGGUGAAUCGGACAUAUCGACCUGUCCCGAGGUGGCUGAAAAACCCCCUCCAAGGGGAGCCGUUCCCCCUGGUCAGCUUAAAUCCCGGCUAGAGAAUCUUAAGCGCUUGUCCAUCAAAGACGAGGAGGACAGCACAGUUGAUGAGCCGGCGGCGGCGGUGGUGGGUGAUGUUGAUCAAGUUGUCAAGUUGCCAAAACGCAGCUCUCGUGUUAUUCCUAUGUGUUGCCCUUCAGAUCCCACCGGAAUAUCAAAGUUGCCGGAGAGCUUGGCAAACUUGGUGAACCAAGCGCUGAACGACGACAGUCUGUGGAUGGAGCAGUCCGUCGUCGAGGAUUCGAGUGCCAAAUCACGCUACAUCUUGAUGAAGAAGGCAGCCACAAGUCCCUGCAAAGAAGACCCCGAUGAAGCCGGGGCAUCGUUGGACAUCAAGGGAGAUGGACUCGAUACAGAGAGUGCAAUGCUGCUGAAGGAAACAACCGUCUGAGCUGCUAAGCUUCGAAUCUAUCAACUAAUGCCAGCUGAGCCAAUAACUUGUACCGUGUGGUUUUGUGUUAUGUACCUGUUAUGUUAAACGCGUCCAAUAUGAGCUAUUUAUUUGUCACACCGCCAAGACAUGUGGGAGAAGCAGUCGCAGUAAUAAAAUAUACAUACGUGGUA